UUCUGGGUCGUGUCCGGUGAGCCGGGCAGACGCGGGAGAGCAGAAGAGCGGGAGUCGCGCAUGCAGCCAUGGCCCGGGCUCGAGUGUCGCUCUGGGCCAUCUGUGUGCUGCGCGUGGCGCUGGCCACUGUGUACUUCCAGGAGGAGUUUCUAGACGGAGAGCGCUGGAGGAACCGCUGGGUGCAGUCCACCAAUGACUCCCAGUUUGGCCACUUCAGAGUCUCGUCCGGGAAGUUCUAUGGGCAUAUAGAGAAAGACAAAGGCCUGCAGACAACCCAGAACAGCCGAUUCUACGCCAUCUCUGCGAGCUUCAAGCCAUUCAGCAAUAAAGGGAAGACUCUGGUGAUCCAGUACACAGUGAAGCACGAACAGAAGAUGGACUGUGGUGGUGGCUACAUCAAGGUGUUCCCCUCUGACCUGGAUCAAAAGAAUAUGAACGGAAAGUCUCAGUACUACAUCAUGUUUGGACCUGAUAUUUGUGGAUUUGAUAUCAAGAAAGUUCAUGUUAUCUUAUAUUUCAAAAACCAGUAUCAUUCAAAUAAGAAGACAAUCAGAUGCAAGGUCGAUGGCUUCACCCACCUCUACACCCUGAUUUUAAGGCCAGAUCUUUCUUACGAGGUGAAAAUUGACGGCCAGUCCAUUGAAUCUGGCAGCAUUGAGUAUGACUGGAACCUGAUGUCACUGAAGAAAAUGGAAAAGACAUCAGCUGAGUCUAGGGACUGGGAUCAGGUGGAAAGUGACAAAGCCCAGGAUUGGGAAAAGCACUUUUUGGAUGCAGGCGCCAGCAAGCCAAGCGAUUGGAACAGUGAGCUGGAUGGGGACUGGCUGCAGAAGCCACCAUACCAGGAUGGCCUGAAGGCUGAGGGCAUAGAUAAAGAUGUGUGGCUCCACCGGGAGAUGAAGCCUGCCAACUAUCUGACUCAGUACGACCUCUCAGAGUUCGAGAACAUUGGUGCCGUCGGUCUGGAGCUGUGGCAGGUGAGAUCUGGAACCAUCUUUGAUAACUUCCUGAUCACAGAUGAUGAAGAAUAUGCAGAGCGGUUUGGCAAGGCCACCUGGGGGGAGACUAAGGGUCCAGAAAAGGAGAUGGAUGCCAUACAAGCCAAGGAAGAAGUGAAAAAAGCCCGAGAGGAGGAUGAGGAGCUGCUGGUAGGGAAGUUUCACAGUCACAGCAGCCAUUUCAGCAGAUUCCACAGGCAAGGUGAACUAUAGUCGCCCCCACUGUGCACGCAGAGGACUGGCCCCGCCUCCCUGCUAAUACACAUCUGAAUAAGCACACGUCUGCAUGGUCAUUUGUCCAUGUUUCUGAAAAACAAGCCCAUGUUUGUGGUGGGGUCCUCUAAUCACCCCCAGACCCUGCAGCCCUGCUGUGUAUAUCAGGAGGUCUCCCUCCGCUGCCUGUGAAACACACACCUUUAAUCUUCAGAGGCAGAGGCAGGCAGAGAGAUCUCUUAGUAUCAGACCAGCCUGAUCUAUCUAACAAGGUCUAGGACAACUUGAGCCACAUAGUGAGACGUUGUCUUAAAAAAGUUUCCCCUGUGCAGAAGAGGGACCUGUAAGAAUCUGACCAUAAACAAUAUGCUUUUGUUCUUAAUAUACCUUUAAGAGCUUUUGCUCUUAAAUACCUUCAUGAAAUAAAAGAUGGUAAAAUGAA